AGGUCGUCAGACAUCCUCCCUCCUCGCUCCCUCCUCCCCACCCCCCAUCUCACACGGCACCAUGGUCCCGUGGAACGCAGCGCGGACAAAGGUCCAGAUCAAGCUCUCGAUCCAGCGCCUGCGCACCCUCCAAGAGAAGAAACAUGCCCUCGCGAAGAAGUCGCGCCGCGACAUUGCCGACCUGGUGCAGAAGGGGCGCAUUGAGACGGCCAAGCUGAGGGUGGAGGGGUUGAUCCAGGACGAUAUCUAUGUCGAGCUGCUCGAGCUGUUGGAGCUGUACGCCGAGACGCUGCAGGCGCGCUUUGGCCUGCUCGACGCGAGUGUCAGCGAGACCCCCGAGCCGUCCAUCUCGGACGCGGUCUGCGCCAUCGUCUACGCGGCCCCGCGCACCGAGCUCAAGGAGCUGCACAUCCUGCGCGAGAUCCUCAUGCACAAGUUCGGCCGCAACUUCUCCCUCUCCCUCCUCCCAGGCGACAACAACCCCUCGCCGCCCGGCGUGCCGCCGCGCAUCGUGUCCAAGCUCAAGGUCUUCGCGCCGGGCGCCGAGCUGGUCGACGCGUACCUGUCGGAGAUUGCGAGCAGCUACGGGGUGUCGUACCUGCCUUUGCUGCCGAACGACAGCGCGGAAGCGGGGGACGGCGAGGGUGCCGACGAUGAGGCGGGCAGCGGGGAUGGUGACGGCGGCGCGAAGGAGAGCAACAGCGAGCCCAAGGCCGCUGCGGUUGCUGUUCCUGCACCCGCUGCGCCCGCGCGCGAACCAUCGCCCCUCAAGUCGCCUGAUGCUGAGAAGAAGGACGCGCCGCCCCCUCCUGGGCAGAUUCGCGUCGUCAAGAAGCCGACCGAGGACGACGAGCUCGCGGCACGGUUUGAGCGCCUCAAGAACUUGCGCUAGGGACGGGGUUUGUAAUUUAAUGCAUGGUACUGGGUUCGAGCGGUUGCGCAGGAAGUGGACAGUCGGAACAACCGGUG